CAUUCUCACCGCGGGUGAUUCCCCCUCUCCAUUUCGUCACCUUCCCGACCCUGGUCUCCUCUGCCCUACUCCUUUUCUAGCCCUAAUCCCCACGGAACGGAUUCAGACCCGCCUGAUUCUCCACCAAGCUGGCGUAGGCUCCUCCCCGCUGGGGCAGGGCCGUGCACCCUCCCGCCCGUGCGCGCCUCCGCCGCCGACGUCUCCGCGUGCUACGCACCAUCCCGCCUCCGCCGCGACUCGGCUCCGUCUCCCCACGUCCACGCCUCAGCGCUCCAGGUAUCGAGCCUCUGAAACCCGUCUAAACCCCUUUUUUUGGGUUUGACUGACAGCGGAGCAACCGCUGGCACGGCGUAGCAUCCACGCAGCCGCGGUGGCGUAGCAUCGACGCGCGGCGAGUUCGCUCCCCUCCCCUCCCCUCCCCCUGGCCGCCUACAAAACUCGCUCGAAUCUUGAGCCCGCCGACCCUCUCUCUCCCCCACCUCCGUCUUCUCCCAGGCUCCAGAACCUCGUUUUGCCGUCUAAGUCGCAGGACUCGCCAGCGAAGAUGGCCGGUGAGAGCAGCACCAGGCGGCCCCUCUUCGGCGGCGCCAUCUCCACCGCCUUCCCCGUCCGGUUCCAGGAUGUGAGCAACAUUCGCGAGGUCCCCGACCACCAGGAAGUUCUCGUUGAUCCCGCCCGUGACGAGAGCCUCAUCUUCGAGCUGCUCGACCUCAAGGGCGAGGUGGAGGACGGCGGCAGCGCGCUCUGGUUCCUGCGCGACGUCGCCAACGAGCAAGAUGCGGCGGAUAACUUGGUGGUCGAGCACUCUGGUACAAUCGAGCUAGCUGGUCUGCGAUCUGGGGAAGCACCUGCAGUGGCUGGAACUGCAAUUGGCAAGCUGGCUGUUUCAAAAGGGAGGCAAGGCAGAGAAGCACAGAACAUUGUUCGACUUUACUUGGCAAACAUACGUCUCAAGAAUGCAGCAACUGAUGUAGUUAUCACCGCAUAUGAGCCGCUGUUGAUAAAUCCUUUGAGUGAAAGUGCUCAGGCCAUUGCAGCUGGACCAGCAGUGCCCGCGGAACAGGCAGGAUGCUUGCCAAUGUCCGAGGUCUUCAGACUCGCAGUCAUGAACUUCGAUGUCCAUGAUUGGAACCUUUUCAAUGGCAGCGGUUGAAGUAGAGAGGGUAUGACAUCUCAAUGCUAGAGUGGUUCUAAAAAAAGUGUUCUGCAAGAGUGUUUGGGGAAUGUACUUUCCUUGAGAGAAACUGGUAUCUGAAUUGUCCUUAAGAGUAGCUUUUUUUUGUUGCUGAAAAUGCUAUCACUUGGCAUAUGUAGUGUCAUCCAAAGAACCCUGGUCGAAGUUCAAUAUAUCAUGUUAGCUUCUAGAAA